UCAGAUCGAAACAGAAGGGGUAUAGACUGGAAGCGAUUAAGCGGGGUGGGGGAAGAGGGUUACGGAACUGAAGAGAGGGGGGAUGUUAUCUUGAAACAAGCGGACAAAAUGAAAAAAUAGAACAUACAACCUUCCGGCGCCAGAUGAUGUGAUUUGCACCGUAUUGUUCCUCAAUUUCAUAAACUGCAGCAGUAUUUCCUUCAAGGAGAGCACGAGGUAGUCGAUACAAGGGGUUAGUCGUAUUGUAAAAACUGACCUGGUUCCCCGCUGAGAUGUAAGUCGGUAGCUACAAACAGGUGUACACCAAUCCGGAGUGAUGAACAGGACAACUGAAACGCAAGACUGUAUUGCCAAUGGGAUCUAUCUGGGUUAUUCGCCUGGACUGAGGAUUGACAAUUUUUUCCUUCGCCCUCCCCUGGCCGGUGUGUGUAGAUAAUGGAGAGUUCUCAUGGCUCCACCAGUGAAACCAAGCAGCAAAACCACCAGUUGGAAAAGAAACGGCUGAACAGAGCGCCUUCACCCGCGAGACCUUUCAUUAAGGAUAUUCAUUCCAGGUCUUCCAAACCGCCGGCAAUAGCUCCAAAAUCCCCUAAACUGACAAGCAAGCAGCAGCCGUCCGUAGGGCUCUUAGCCACUCAAAGCCGCCUCUCCAGACGCGCCGCUCCUGCAGCAAAAGACAAGACAGCCCCGUUAAAAAGUACCACUAAGCCUACGGUAACUAAAAAGGGAGUUAAGCUCACCCAACAUGGUACUUCAGAACAGAAAGUCAUCAGCAAGCAGGGCGAUUCUAGCCAAAAUAUUACUAAAGGUAAAAAGGUUAAAAUCUCCCAUCUAGUUCAUGGUUCGUUCGGCCAUGGCUCCCCAAUCCGUGUUCCAACGGGAGGCAGCCUCGGAAGGAUCAGUCACACUGACAGCAGUUCGGAUUUGUCAGACUGCCCCUCCGAGCCGCUGUCCGACGAGCAAAGGCUCGCUCAGGCGGCAAGCAGUGAUGCCGAAUCCGGCUCGGGCUCCGGUUCCAGCGACCGAGACCAGCAGGCGGUGGAUAAUCCAUUGCCGGGAGCCUCAUCUUCAGAGACGCCGGAAGGUGCUCACGUCUCGCCGCGUACAGGGGAACUGUGCACGGCAUCAUCCGGUGUGGCGAAGGAGCGAUUGUCCCACGGGCUGCCUUUGCAAAAAAAGUGCAUCACGGUGGAACUGACAGACAGAUUAAAACUCGGUCUUAAAUCAGAAAAUCAAAAGGCGCCGUUACAGCACACACCAGAAAGCAGCAAGGAGUUAAUUGAAGAGGAUUUGCUAAGGGAAAUUGAAGAUCUCCGUUCAGAAAAUGACUAUCUCAAGGAUGAGGUGGAUGAGUUGCGGGCGGAGAUGGAGGAGGUGCGGGACAGCUACCUGGAGGAGGAGGUGUACCAGGUGCAGGAGCUGCGGCGGGAGCUGGACAGAGCCAAUAAGAACUGCCGAAUUCUGCAGUACCGGCUGCGCAAGGCGGAGCAGAGGAGCCUCCGCGUGGCCCAAACCGGACGGGUGGACGGGGAACUGCUGCGGAACCUGGAGCAGGACCUGAAGGUGGCCAAGGACGUGUCGGUGCGUCUGCACAAUGAGCUGGACAGCGUGGAGGACAAGCGCUCGCGAGCGGAGGAUGAGAAUGAGCUGCUGCGGCAGAAGAUCAUCGAGGUGGAGGUCUCCAAACAGGCCCUGCACAACGAGCUGGAGCGGGUCAGAGAGGGCACCCUGCGCAGACGGGCCAGUCGGGAGAUGUUCAAAGAGAAGAAGUCUGCGGCCCAGGAGGACAGCGCUGACCUCAGGUGCCAGCUGCAGUUUGCUAAGGAGGAGUCUGCGCUGAUGCGUAAGAAGAUGGCCAAGCUGGGCCGGGAGAAGGACGAGCUGGAGCAGGAGCUGCAGAAGUACAGGUCCGUGUACGGGGACGUGGACAGCCCGCUGGCGCCCGCCGAAUGCGGCGGCGGCCCCCACACCACCCGGGAGGCGGAGCUUAAGCUGCGCCUGAAGCUGGUGGAGGAGGAGGCCAACAUCCUGGGGAGGAAGAUGGUGGAGCUGGAGGUGGAGAACCGGGGCCUGCGGGCGGAGAACGAGGACCUCCGCUGCCACUACGAGGAGAUCUGCCUGGGGAGGGAGCCGCUGACCUGCCCCCCCGCCUCCCCCUACGGCGAUGCGCUGGAGUCGGGGGCGGAGCUACGGCGCCACCUGCAGUUUGUGGAGGAGGAGGCGGAGCUUCUGCGGAGAUCCAUCUCGGAGAUCGAGGACCACAACAAGGAGCUGACCUCCGAGCUCAACCGCUUCAAGUUCGGGGUGCGGCCAGAGGACGACGGGGCCCCCAGGCCUGUGGGGGGCAAUGGGGCGGGCAAUGGGGGGGCCUGCGGUGCCAACGUGGGGGGGCUCCCCCUGCAGGAGGAGCUGAAAGCCGCCCGUCUCCAGAUCAACGACCUGAGCGGGAAGGUGUUGAAGCUGCAGUAUGAGAACCGGGUGCUGAUCUCCAACGUGCAGCGGUGCGACCUGGCCUCUCAGCUGGGCCCGCGCGCGGCCAGCCCCCGCGACAGGGACAGCGACGCCGAGAGCGACAAGCGGGAGAGCGAGGACGAGGCUCCGCCGCCCCCCCAGCCCAAGAGGGAGGGGCCCGUGGGCGGGGAGAGCGACUCGGAGGACCUCCUGGAGAGGACGUCCGGGUUCAGCAGCGGGAAGCCCUCGGAGCUCAGCCGCCUCAGUCCCAUGGAGCCGCCCCAGCGCCGCAGAGACGACGGCGAGACCUUCGCCAACGUGCGGCGGGAGGCGGAGCGCCUGGGCCGGACCGUGGACCGCCUCAUCACCGACACCGACGGCCUCGUCCACGACGGCAGGCUGCUGGCGACCGCCGGGGAGCCGCCGGGGGCCGACUCGCGGGGCGACGGGGGCUCGGCGGACGGCAGGUCCGAGCCCCGGGUCUUCGACGCCAUCAACACCCGCAUGAGGGCGUUCAGGACGGAGCUGCACAUCUUCAUGGAGAAGGUGGAGCACCUGGGGGAGGGGCUGCGGGACCGUGGCGAUGACCUCUCGCCCAUGCCACACCUCACCGAAUCCAGCAGCUUCCUCUCCGGAGUCACCUCCAUGUCCCGCGACUCGCCCAUCGGAACUCUGGGGAGGGACGGUGUCACCGACUUCCAGCUUCGGGACACACCCGUAUCUGAGGCCAGCACCCCAGCACGGGAGGUCCAGGCCCGGCUGGAGCAGGAGAGGAGGUGCAGACAGGAGGAGCAGGAGGUCUACCCUGGCCUCAUCGUGCAGCAGCAGGAGGAGGAGCGGAGGGAUGGAGAUUUGGGGCGGAGCCUCGACCAAGCCUGGACCCAGGAAAGGCCGAUGCUUCAGCAGGAGCUCCGCCUCCUCCGGCACAGCACGGUCGUGUUCUACGUGAAGCUCCGGUCGCUCCUGGCGCACUGGCGCUUGGGCCGCCGGGCGGAUGCAGCCGUGGAGGGCGCCCUCCCUGAGUGUGAGACUCUGGAGAACCCCGAGCUGGGUCUUGUGGCAGAGCAGGCGGAGGGAGGGGUGGAGAGAGGGGCAGAGAGAGGGGAGCAGCCCUGCCUCCAACAUGGUGUAGGGGACGCCUCCUCACCAGGAUACCCUACACAUGCCCUUGAAGUGCUCCCACCUCAGACCCAGGUGAGUGACAGCCGGCGGGUUCUGCAUGCACUGCGGGGGCUGCUGGAGGAGCUGCGCUCGGAGCUGAGGGAGGAGGAGCAUCGGCGCUGCCAUCUGCAGCGGACCUACGCCAGCGAGAGGGCAGCAUUUGAGCUGCAGCUGGCCGAGCUGAAGAGCCAUGCUGAUCAGCUGAAGGAGGCCAGAGGGGAGGAGGUGCCGGGAGAAGAUCUGGAGCUCGCCAACCUCACUGGGGCUUUCCAACGGGAGAGAGAGGAGCACCAGAGGCUCCUGGCAGAGAGCCACAGCACCGCCCUGGACCUGCGCUGGAAACUGCAGCACGGGGAGAAGAGAUGGAGUCGGGAAAGGGCUGAGCUUCUGGAGCGCUUCGAUCGUGAGAGGCAGGACUGGGACUGGCAUCUCAGGGAGCUACACCGCAAGAUGGAGAGGCUUCAGAGGGAGUUGAACACCAGGCGGGGUGAGGGGUCCCCUGAGGUGAAGGAUGGGGGUCACCGGGCGUUCUCUCCUCAGGACAGCCCCCGCACCCCCAGAUCUCCCAGAUCUCCCUGCAUUGCGGCCCCCGCCCCCCUCUCCGCCCGUUCCCAUUCCGACUCGGAUGCACCCCUGGAGGGCCGGCCAGCCAUGGUCAGGGUUAAAGGGGCAGAGAGCUCCCGCCCAGAGGAGAGCCUGUUCCUGGACGCCCUGUCACUGGACCCCCUCAGCGAGAGUGAGGUGCCACCCCUAUCCCGGGUCGAGAAGGACAAAAGAUUCCCGGGUUUGAAAGAGGUGCUGAACGAGAAAUCGGACCGGAAGAGCCCGAUAGCGUACCACGAGGAAGAGAUGACCAGCGGGAACCUCCUCAGGGCCAAGUCCGUGUGCUCCAUGAGUGAAUUCCAACGUCUGAUGGACAGCUCACCGUUCCUCCCUGACAGAACCACACACGGAGACGACGGAAGGCGGGACGAGGUGACCCCACCCUUGUCGCCGGAUGACCUGAAGUACAUCGAGGAGUUCAACAGCAAAGGGUGGGACUUCCAGAGUGGCCAGAGCCUGGGGUCUGCGGCGGAGGCCUGGCCAGAGGUGCAAAGACCAGAGCAGGCUGCAGACGCGUUCCAGCCGGCAUCCUGGUACCUUACCACCAGCGCUACCCUGACCACCAACACUAUGAGCAGCCCCGAGCCCUGCCAGAGACCGACCUCGCGGAAUGGCGGGGGUGCCGAUCGCUAUGCAGUCCGCGUCCUCCAUAGUCCCCCCCACAGCCUCAAGCUGGACCCCCCCUCCCUCCCCGCUGGGGCAGAGAGGCCUGGGGCCGAAACCGAGUUCAUGUUCUCCAUGACCAAAGCCAAAGUGGGUGACACCGUGGGAGGUGCGGACGAUGUGUUUGGGAGGUGGCCGUGCGACCUCUUGGAAGCGGGGCUGCGCCCCAUCGACCGCCCUGUCUGCUCCGCCGUGGGCUUCGCCUCCUCCCUGGAGCUGGAGCUGUCCAGGAACCUGAGUGACGACAUGAAGGAAGUGGCCUUUUCUGUGAGGAACGCCAUCCGCUCCAGUCCCGUCGACCGCCAGCUGAGGGACUCCGCCAGCCAGACCAACACUUUCACCACCAGGGGCACCCAAACCACCCAGACCAUCAGCGUGGGGCUCCAGACGGAGGCUCUGAGGAACAUCACCAGCAGCCCCCACAGGUGCCUGACCCCCAAGGGGGGGUCCACCCCGAUUUCCUCACCAUCCCGUAGCCUAAGAAAGAUGCAGUACUCCCCUGUCAUCCAGACCAAGUUUGAGCGCCCCUGCUGCUCGCCCAAAUACGGUUCCCCUAAGCUUCAGCGGAAACCCCCCACCCCGGCCAAAGUGGACCAAUCAAAUAGCCGGGCCCCCACCCCAACCACGCCCCAGAAGGGCUACAGCGAGUCGGCCUGGGCCCGCUCCACCACCACCAGGGACAGCCCAGUCCACACCACCAUCAACGACGGGCUCUCCAGCCUCUUCAACAUCAUUGACCACUCACCCGUCGUCUACGACGCCUUACAGAAGUUCACCAAGUCCCCCAGCCGGUCCCGGCCCGCUGAGGCCAGUUCCGCUGAGCCCAGGUCCACGGGCUUCGGCGUGGUUCAGGAGUUCCUCAAGAACGUGAGGGGCAGGUCCCCCAGCCCCGUCCAGCUGAUUGUAGAGACCCAGGGGGACAAGAACGCAGAGGUCAUCAGCAUAAGGCAGGACCUCUCUGCCCCCCCGGGGUACACCCUCGCCGAGAACACGGCCAGGAUCCUGAAUAAGAGGCUGAUGGAGCAGGACGCUGAGGAGGAGAGAAGAACCCCCUCAGGCAGUCAGACCGGCCAGGCCAAGGAGGGGAGGCCCAAUGAGGGGGAGAAGGGAGCCAUGGAGGUCUGAAAAGUUGAGAAGUUCCAGAUGAUCGCCAUUCUGUUUAUUGCUGUGCUGCUGGGGGUCUGGGCAAUGGAAACAUUCACUGACAGCACAGAUUCACUCUCCCUUCUUUUGUGACAGAUCUGUUUCGUUUGGUUGUUUUUGCUUUCUCUUUCUCCUCCUCUCUACCCCUGCCGUGCUCCGAUCCUCCCUCUAUCUGGACUUAUCCAGAACCACACUGUCUUACUAACCACUCCCUGGGGGCUCUGACCCAGCUUGUUUGGAUGCAGUAAGUCCCUCUACCCUUCUCUGAAUUCACCGGUGGAAACCAUGCGUUACACAGCGUCCAGUCUGUCAUUCACACACCACAUCUGCUGAGCAUGUUCUAGACAGAGAGAAACCUGGGGGCCAUUAACAUAACUGCGUGUGUGUGCAUUUGUACGUGCAUGAGUUUGUGUGUGGGCGUGGGAUGUUCACAUUGUAUUUCAUGCUUCACAGUGGAAGCACUAAAUGUUUAUCUUUCAGUUUUAUUUCUUUUGCUGCUAACGGAGUGAAAGCCAUUAAAUGCUGAAAUGCUCAUUUGGCAAACAAAAUUUCUCUCCUGAAUUCCUUGUUCAAUUUCUCUGAAAUCAAUUACAUUACAGGCAUUUGGCAGACGCUCUUUUAUAGACACAAUUAUAGGUCCAUGUACUUAAUGCAGUCCUAUUAUAAAACCCUUUUAUGUCUCUGUUGUUCUCUUACUUUGCCAUGGUUUGUAAAAAAAAAAAAACCAUAUUAAAAUGGCCCAGUCAUGCUGGGCAGCAAAUUCAUUUUGGGGUGUGCUGAAAUAAAGGGGUCGGCACUCAGUGGGUUACACGGCCUUAUUAAGUAUAUGGAACAGUGAGACAAAAAAAAACAUCUAAUGAAAUGACCAAUUCUGUUUGCCGAGUAACCAAUAAUGAUGAUUCAUUUCCUUGUAGCAGUGCAGAGAUUAAUACUACUCUCCUGGGUUCUCUUUAUUCAAGCCAUCAUCACCAAUGAGAGCUGCUGUGCUGUUGAUCCCCUCUGUGUGCAGGGUAGAGAGUGUGCUGGUGUUAGGAUCUGUGAGGGGGUUUUAGCACAGUGUUCAGGGUAGGGAGUGGGCUGGUGUUAGGCUGUGAGAGGAGGCUUUGGUGCAGUGUUCAGUGCAGAGAGUGGACUGGUGUUAGGGUGUGAGCGGGGGUUUUAGCACAGUGUUCAGGGUAGGGAGUGUGCUGGUGUUAGGAUCUGUGAGGGGGUUUUAAUGCAGUGUUCAGGGUUGAGAGUGAGCUGGUGUUAGGGUAGGAGAGGGGGUUUUAAUACAGUGUUAAGGGUAGAGAAUGGGCUGGUGUUAGGGUGUGAAUGGGGGUUUUAGUGCAGUGUUGAGGCUAGAGUGGGCUGGUGUGAGAGGGGGUUUUAUUGCAGAGUUGAGGCUAGAGUGGGCUGGUGUGAGAGGGGAUUUUACAAUCAUUUCUUACACUUUCAUUAUGUCCCAAAUAGGUCCACAUUCAAUUUGUAAUUGUAUUCCCACACCCCCACUGUUUGUGUAUGAGUUUGUGUGCAUAUUGUGUAUAUGUGUUUGUGUGCAUACUGUGUGUAUGCGUUUGUGUAAAUACUGUGUGUGUGUGUUUGUCUGCCUAAUGUGUGUGCAUUUGUUUGUGUGCAUACACAAACCCCCCUGCACCCCAGACUCAUUUUAUUAUUAAGGCUCAAGAAUGCACCUCUCAUUUGUCUUAUUCUUGUCACCUUUGUAGGUUUUCUUUAUAACUGCCUUUCUUAAAGAUGACCUGAAUGCUAACAAUAUUUUUUUUAUAUAAUUCUGCAUGCUAGCAGUAGAAAAAUAUGUUACAUGUGACGUUUCAUCAUUUGGUGUUUUUUGUGUAAAAUUUGGAUGGCACCUGACUGUACUGAAAACUAACUGCUUGUUACUUGCAUGUGUGGAGACAACUCUAAUGUUUGUGUUAUCAUUUUGUUUCUGGUGUGCUCAUCUAUAUGGGAAUAUUACCAUUUCAUAUUUGUUAUACAGUAUAUUGCUAUAUAUAUACAUUAUAUAGGUAAUGUAUUUGGGACAAAUGUUUCUGACCAGCAUUUCAGGAUUAACUCUGAUUUUACACAUUUACAGAACAGCCCUGUUGAAAAGCCAAAAACAUUUUUUAUUUUAUUUAAAAUGUCUUCCUGAAUUGCAAUGCUAAUGUAGCACAAAUCUGGUAAUCGGUGUAAUAAUCACUCAUUCCUUGUGUGCCUGCAUACACAUUGUGUUUUUGUGUUGUUUCAUUUUGUUGUUUGAGGAGAUGCUUAACUUGAAUGCUGCUUUUGGUGCCUCAUUUUGUUUUUGCGGUCAGCAGCUCUUGUCUCCUAAAUUUCCUUGUUUUGUGAAUGCCCCUGUGCUUAUGCAGUGUCUUGGUAACCAGACUGCAGUGUUUCUAUAGCACAGGGAGACCGGGUAUUACCUGCUGGGUUUCUCUCCUCCAUUGAAAGAAACAGAACCUGCAGAAAUGCAUUAAUUAUGACUCACAGCUGUAGACGGUUGUGAGUGUUCACUUACCCAUAAACUGCUGCAAUUCCAUGAUUCUUACUCUUGUCUCUGCUCUGUGAGGAGAUAAUUCACACGCAACAGGGCAUUGAGCAAUCUGGCAGUUUUUAGUCACAGUGUGUGUAACUGUGUCACUUGAGUUUGUCCCACACCGCUUUGGUCCAUAUUCAUCUGUAAUAUUUGCGAAGUUUAUGUUGAAAAAAUAUUUUCUUGUAUAAAAGUGGUACAUCUAAAAAACAUACAAUCAACAAACCUUCUUCAACCAUUCCAUACCCUGGGUGAGAAUUGUAGGAAAAAACUCUAAAAA